AGUGACAAGUGUCGUCGGCUCGUGUAUUGAAAUGUCGGGAACUCGAACGCAAGUCGCAGACUCGUCGACGUCGCCGCCGCUGAAUGAGAAUCGCCGGCUGGACUAUUCUGGGUUGAAAUUUACGUACGUGGAUGGUUCGGACGAUGAAGGACCGUCUAUCACCUCGGAACUGCCGUCGUGUGUGUAUGCUGCCGCCCGGAGUCGCCUCCAAUUGCCGCUGGCAGCGUAUGUCCAUCAGCAUACCAGACAACUACAUACAGAUGGGCUAUUGGACACCUCAAUGGACUCGGAGUACCAGUGCGGCGGAUCACCGUACCGCGUGCAGAGAGCUGCAGCCAACGUGAGGGAGAGACGGAGAAUGCUGAGGUCCGGACCCAAUGGCAGUAUAAACUCGGCGUUCGACGAGCUGCGGGUACACGUGCCUACCUUCCCCUAUGAGAAGAGACUCAGCAAGAUCGACACACUGCGCCUAGCUAUCGCUUACAUCGCUUUAUUGAGAGAGGUCUUAGAUGCAGACUACGACCCGUUGACUUACGUUGAGAAAUGUCUUCGAGGCGAGAUCAAAGCAGACCGAGCUCAUUGGAACACGAGCGAUUUAACUGCCAGAUUGUCAUGGAUCAACUGGGAGAACCUUGGAGUAAAUCCACAACGCCGGAGUGUCCUCACUUCUCUAGCAUUGAGCUCCGAAAAUCUACAAUAUCCUCAUAAUUGAUUGACAUUAGUUAAGCGCUAUUCUUUUCCUCUGGAUUUGUCAACUAACUUUGAUAUAAGAUCAAACGUGUAAACAAGCUAAGUAGGAACUAGAAAAAUCUUCGAAAUACUGCAACGAAAGUAGGUAUACAGAAGUAGCGAAGCAGAUUGUCUUGUCUUUUUUUAUUGUGAUUACCUAAUGGUCAAGGUCAUUGAACGAGACUAUUUUACUUGAGUGAUAGUUACGUAAGAAAGAAAAACACCUACACACUACGAGGAUCCGGCGGCCGUGCAUCUAGGACACCCCGUAAAUAUCAAACGGUAUGGCAGUUAAGUAUGUCUAGUCGAUAAAAUUAUUACCUACACACGCACCAGUGAAGCAAAGGAUAAAUACUUUUUUUUAAUUUCUAAGUUUUAUGUUAAGAAUUGAGUUUUGUGGUGACUAAUUAAUCCAAUUGAAAAAUAUAGUUUACAAAUAAAAGUUAAAUAUUGAAAUGAAACUAUUUUAAGACGACAUAUUUACAUUAAACGUAUGUCACCCGGUGUCCACGAACUUAGCAAAAGUUCGAAGCGUUGAGAUUGAUUAUGUGUCUCACGCGAUAUUUAGACAGCCGUAAAUUUCGGAAUAUGCU